AAAUUAUCGCCUCUUACAUGAUAUUACAAGAUGGGUCAGGCUUGUUCAACCGGAAAUAUAGAGGCGAAAAAGAAAGAUGCAAAAUAUGGAUUUAUUUCCCAGAGAACAAAUGUUCCUGGAAACAUACGAUUGGAUGAUGACAUGGCAGUUUACCAAGAAAUUCCAGAGCGAAAUGUUGAGCGUAAAGGUUUUUUGGCAAAACAGAAAAGAGACGAACUUAGUAGGAAUAGCAGUAGAAAAAGCAAUGCAACCUUACGAUCUGCGAUAUAUAGUGCACCGUUCUGUGAUUCAAGUACUACAGUAACUUUAAAACCUAUUCUUAGUAGACCAAACAGCAAGAAAGGCAGCGAAAAAUCAAGGUCUACAACGUUUACUGAGCCUUUCUACCAGACCAGAGAGCUCCCUCGUCGACCAGGUAUUUUAGCUAGGUUGCUUCUGUACAUUUAA